UGUGCCUUCGCUGGGGGAAGCCCUAAGCCGGGGGAUAGCGGGAGGGGGUUUGUGGAUGUUCUUUCUGGAGGCGGCAGGGCGCGCGACGCUAGGGGCGGCGGCUGGAUGAAGCUGACAAGAGUAGGGAUUUACAUUCUUAGAUGGAAGCUGGAGGCGCGGCUGCCAAGCCACAGCUAAGGUGCUAUGGCCGCCGGAAUCGCUCCAAAUCGGCCAAAGAAGAGGUGUCCAGUCCAGGGGCCGACGAUGCGAGGUCAAAUGGGAAGCUCCCAGGUGAUAAAAGGCUCGUCGAGGACAGUGUAGGGCAGGAGAAGGCUCCAGGUGAUUCUAAGCUCGGUCUCGCGAGCGAGGAAUCCAAGCUAAAUGCAGGAAAGGGGGCUGUCACUCCGUCGAAAUUGGAGCCGCUCCAAUCGGACGCUGGGAAGACGCAGGAGCUAUGCGUUGUGGCGACAGAGGCAAAGGUCUUGGAUGAAACGCCUCAAAAGGAUUCCGUGAGGUUUUUAAAUGAGGAAGAGGAGCUCGCGUACGAGGACUCGGUUUUAAGCCGAGCUGAGGAGAUUUGGACAAGGCAAGAGGCUCUCGAGCAAGUGAAGCGAAGAGCACCAUCGAAGUGGAAAGAGCCCACGCAUGCGAAGAGUCACUGGGACUACGUUCUUGAGGAGAUGGUCUGGCUUUCCAAGGACUUUGAUAAGGAGAGGAAAUGGAAGGUGGCUCAAGCAAAGAGAGUUGCCAUGAAAGUUGCAAAGGCGAAAUCGGAAGAGGAAAGCAAAGGCAUGCGUCGGCUCAAGGGUGAAGAGCAGCGUAUCCGAAGAAUCGCGAGCAGCAUAGCGAAAGAAGUUAAGAAGUUCUGGGUGAAGAUCGAAAAGCUGGUCGUCUACAAGCAUCAACUUGCUGUUGAACAGAAGAAGAAGAAAGCCCUGGACAAGCAUUUAAAUUUCUUACUUGGGCAAACGGAAAGAUACUCUUCUAUGUUAGCAGUUAACCUGUCAGGCCUUCCUGAGAACAACGAAGACCAGAAAACUCAGGACACUGGAGAUUUGCUGGACGCUGCAAAUGAGCCUUCUACUGACAAAGAUUUCACAUGUGACCAAAUGGAAGAAGAGGAUGACGAGGCCACUCUCGAAGCCGACGAAGCGCUGAUCACCGAAGACGAGCGCAAGGAAGAACUGAAUGCGCUUCAGAGGGAGAGCGAGCUGCCAAUAGAGGAGCUUGUUGGUCUAUAUGCAAAAGGUGACAAUAGCGAGGAAGAGAGAAGUACCUCCGACGCCGACCCAGAUAAAGAAUUGGAUGACGAGGAAUACGAUCCUCAUACCGCAUAUGCGUCAGAGGAGGACGACGAAAGGACUUUCGACGAAGAGGAAAAACUAGCGAUGGCAGAGAACAAAGACGUUAACCUUGAGCUUGAGCAACUGAAGAUGGAAAAUGAGUUGCCCGUUUCAGAGCUUUUGUCUCGAUACCGUGCGGAGGGUGCCGAGAGCUCAGGAGACGAGAAGGGCGGUGCUAGUGACGCGCCUUCUGAUAGCUCCGAUGAGGCUAAAGAGAGAAUGGGCGAACCUAGUACUAGCGGUCGAAGUUCGUUAUUGAUCAUCAAGAGUACGGGUAGAUCAAAAGCUACAGGAGAAAGCAAGAUUUUUUAUGGCACGGAGCAGGAGGCGGAAGUGCUGGCUAAUGUAGCCCGAGCUGCUCAACAAAGAGGGGAACGCAUGAGAAAAAGAGCUGGUUUAGAUGAUAGUAGUAGAGUGGAGGGAUCUGGGAAGACCGGUAGGAAGGAGCUUGACGACGCUGCUGCUGCUGCCCUGUCUGCACAGCCAACAGGAUACACAUUUUCUACGACAAGAGUGAGGACCAAGAUUCCCUUCUUGCUGAAGCAUUCUUUGCGGGAGUAUCAGCACAUAGGACUGGACUGGCUGGUCACCAUGUACGAGAAGCGGCUGAACGGAAUUCUGGCAGACGAGAUGGGCCUUGGCAAGACGAUCAUGACAAUUGCCUUGUUAGCUCACUUGGCUUGUGAGAAAGGCAUUUGGGGACCUCAUUUGAUAGUGGUGCCGACAAGCGUGAUGCUCAACUGGGAAACAGAGUUCAUGAAGUGGUGUCCCGCUUUCAAGGUCCUAACGUACUUCGGCAACGCAAAAGAGCGCAAGAUAAAGCGGCAAGGGUGGUCGAAGGCGAACUCCUUCCAUGUCUGCAUCACGACAUACAGGCUGGUUAUCCAGGACGCGAAGGCCUUCAAACGGAAGAAGUGGAAGUAUCUCAUUCUCGACGAAGCGCACCUUAUAAAAAACUGGAAAUCUCAACGCUGGCAGAUGCUGUUGAACUUCAACUCCAAGAGAAGGAUCCUUCUGACGGGAACUCCUCUCCAGAACGAUUUGAUGGAGCUGUGGUCCUUGAUGCACUUCCUGAUGCCACACGUUUUCCAGUCGCAUCAAGAGUUUCGAGACUGGUUCAGCAAUCCUAUCAGCGGGAUGGUGGAAGGCCAGGACAAAGUAAACCAGGACGUGGUGGAUCGGCUGCAUAAUGUGCUGAGACCUUUCAUCCUGAGGCGCUUGAAGCGCGACGUUGAGAAGCAGCUCCCGGGGAAGCACGAGCAUGUAGUGCCAUGCAGGCUCUCGAAGCGGCAACGCAAUCUCUACGAGGACUUCAUGGCCAGUUCUGAUACACAAGCAACUCUGUCGGGCGGCAACUUCUUAGGACUCAUCAACGUCCUGAUGCAGUUGCGCAAGGUCUGCAAUCAUCCCGACUUGUUUGAGAGCAGACCAAUCGUGUCUUCGUUCGACAUGCCGGGCCUCCAGCUUCAGAUGUGCUCGGAGCUGUGCACGGCCGUCCAACAGAAGCCUUUUUCGACAGUGAACCUCGAAGUGUUGAACUAUCUCCUGUCGGAAGACAUGGAGGCCUGGGAACCAUCGGAGCUCGCUGAACUUGCUACGCCAACGCCUCUCAUUGAAGAGAUUGCCACCAGUGGUGAAGAUAGCUGGAACGAACAGGAACAGGUGACUGAACCGCAGAACAUUUUCGAAGAGAUUCAAGCGGCUUUGGCAGCGCAGAGACUGAAGAGGAGAAGAGAAAAGGCUCGACAAUUUGGGUGGCUCAAUAUGCUGCGAUGCAGCAGGCAUGUGGUAUAUGGUCGUGGGCUGGCGAAGCACGUCGAGGUGGAGCACCCUGUUUAUGGUAUUCAUUCCAUACAGUCAGAUCCUUCUCGUUACUUGACGUUCCCUUCAGCGAUAGCCGAGGUGGUGAAGCUUCCAUCUUCAUGGUGCGAAAGUCUCCUGGAUCUGCUACAGGCUUUUGUAUUCGUCAUACCAGCAGCUCGGGCUCCUCCGCCGCUUAUUUGGUGCAGCAGACAGUCUGCCUCCUCAAUCUUGAGACAUGACUUCCCGAGCAAUCAACUUGCGGUGAUGAGUGACUUGGUGGCACCGCUACGUCCGGUCAUUGUGCGGCAGCAACUGUUUUUCCCGGAUAGGAGGCUCCUCCAGUUCGAUUGUGGGAAGCUCCAGCAGCUUUCAGUUCUACUGCGGCGGCUGAAAUCGGAAGGUCACAGGGCGCUGAUCUUCACGCAAAUGACAAAGAUGCUCGACAUCUUGGAGAGUUUUAUCAACCUCUACGGCUACAACUACAUGAGGCUCGACGGCUCUACCAAACCUGAACAGCGGCAAAUUCUCAUGCAACGAUUCAACACGAACCCGAAGAUCUUCUUGUUCAUCCUGUCGACGAGAAGCGGAGGCGUUGGGAUCAACUUGGUUGGCGCCGAUACAGUCAUAUUUUAUGACAGUGAUUGGAAUCCUGCGAUGGAUCAACAGGCUCAGGAUAGGUGUCAUCGCAUCGGCCAGACGCGUGAAGUUCACAUAUACAGGCUGGUUAGCGAGAGUACCAUCGAGGAGAACAUUUUGAAAAAGGCCAAUCAGAAGCGUUUCCUCGACAAUUUGGUCAUCCAGAGUGGUGGCUACAACACUGAGUUUUUCAAGAAGCUUGAUCCCAUGGAACUCCUGUCCGGUGUGAACACUACAAAGCGUGCCGACCAGCCGCUUUCUAAUGCCGACGUAGAUGCGGCACUCAAAAGUGCCGAAGACGAGGCCGACUACAUGGCUAUGAAAAAGGUGGAGCUGGAAGAGGCCGCGGAGAAUCAGGAGUUUGCUGAAGAUGUAAGCGUGGAGGAGGACGAAUGUGCCGACGACUUGGAGGAUGGAAAGGUUUCCGAGACCAAAGUUCCGUCACCGGAAUUUGAGACUGCUGGAACGCCGUCGUUACCAGAGCUUAAGGAACCUCAACCGCUCCUUCUGGAUGCCGAGGAGGAGAUGGACAUGCUUGCUGAUGUGAAGCAGCUUGCGGCCGCAGCAGCAGCAUCAGGUCAGGGCAAUAACUUUGAAGACCAACUCAAGCCAAUCGAGAGAUACGCGAUUCAGUUUUUGGACCUCUGGAAUCCAAUCAUCGAUACCAGCGCUUUGGAAACACAAGUAACCUACGAGGAAAAGGAGUGGGAAUUGGAACAAAUAGAGAAACUCAAGGAAGAACAGGAGGCGGAUAUUGACGAGGAUGAUGAACCACUUCUUUACGAGAGUUGGGAUACUUCUAAUGCCGAUGCAGCUUAUAGGCAGCAAGUAGAAGUCUUGACGCAGCAACAGGAACUCUUACAAGCACAAUGGGACGCGAUGCACGACGAGGAGCUCCAAGAGGCUGACAGGCUGAUUGAGGGCGAGAAGCAGCAGAAGAGACCAAAGAAGAAGAAACUGAAAUCUCUAGAAAGAAGCAGUGUAGAGGAGUACAAUUUUUGUUCCGAGGAAGACGCGGGAGCAGAUGAUCACAUUGAUGCCGACGAAGCUGAUGAGGUACUCUCCAUUGCGUCCGACGAGGGAGAGUACGACAUGCAGUGGGAUAACUCUCUACGCACGCCUUUUCAACGAAAGCGCAAGUUUUCGAGGUUUUUUGAAGAGGAGGGCGGCGAGAACAAAAGGUUUAGGAAGGAGGAUAGCAGGACAGAGUACUUCAGGCCUAGGUUUGGUGGCAAGCUAACUAUUUGCACGACCGCAAGGAAGAGCCCAGUCAUCUUGCUGGAAAGAGACCGAAGAAAGGAAGCACUCAAGGCCAAGGAUCAUCACACAGACUGGAUGCCCGAGGAGGACGAGGUCCUGUGCGCUGUAGUGCACGAGUAUGGUGGAAAUUGGCUUCUGGCUAGCGAUGCCUUAGAAGGAAUGCCAGACGGCGGAGUGUAUAGAGGUCGGCACAGGCACCCUGUUAAGUGUAAAGAUAGAUUUAGGCAGCUCGUAGUCGAGAACGCUGGUACCAUUUGCGGGGGGGUGAGCAGCGAGAGAUUACUAUCUGGGGCUGUUAUCAAGGUGACAGAGGAAGACACAAAGCGCUUGUUAGAGCUAGUACAGCGAGUUCCUGACAAGGAGGUGUUGCUACAGAGACACUUCGCUACAGUCCAGAGUGUGAAAGACUCUUACAAGGGGUCCGCAAAGUCGAGGAACGGUUUCGUGAGUAACGUUGGACAUCCCCGAAACCUUCCGUUCGUCUCCCUGGCAAAUCUCUGUCAAGGUUGCUUGAAGCCACCGUUGCGGCAGGCUUCUCACAAGCAGGGGCACGCGCUGGUAGCGGAGGCUCUAUCUCAGACGACUGCCAGUGACAAUGGAAAGAUGCCUGAGAAUUCUGCUUGCAAGGCCGUGAAGAACAAUACUGCCAGCGACAACAACGACAAUGGAGACGUCGAGAGCCAACCUCCGCUGGAAUUGUCUCUCAGUUUUUCCGACCCAGAAGAGAUGGAGGACUUCCGGCCUGUGAACGUAACGCUCAGACCAGGGGAACCAAAGACCGCCGAACCACCGUCCAGCUCGAGUAUCCGGUCGCUCGUCUGUGAAACCCGCUUCAGGCUAGCAUCACAGAUGACACCUUCAAUUUGGGCAGCAGCAGCGAUCUCUGUAGUUCCCAAGCCAACGCCGAGCCAAAACAACCCUCCAGUGAAACGCCAGCAACCUCCGACCGAUGUCGCCAAGCUCCAGAGGCCGGGCAAGCAGCCCCGGCUGCAGCCAGUCUCCAAGCCGAACGGGAUGAUCGAGAUAAGACCAGUGGAGAUGAAGACGAGUGUGUCUCCCAGCCAGAUAAAGCCAGCCAACCUGAAGAAACCACCACCGACGGCAGUGUUUACAACCACUGGAGCUUCCAGAGUUCAUCACGUAGCAACGAAGCCGUCAAGCUCAUCGAGUAUCCAGCUCGCGAGGCCGUCGAGCAGUGCCAAAUCCACAGCGGUGGCAGCAGCAGCAGCAGGAUCAACCGCAGCAGCAGCAGCAGCAGGAGGAGCGAAUUAUCCAUUUGCUCAGUACUGGCGGCCGGACUCCACCGUUUCCAGCUCCAGGCUAGCUCAAGCCCCGGCAUCCGAGGAGGCGAGCUAUCAUCGCAAGCCAGCGGCGGCGGCCAAGAACAAAGGUGUGAGCGAGUGAGAGAGGUGAUUUUUUAUUAUGAUUAUUUCAGGAGUCUUUCUGGUAUCGUCAGCUCAAAUUCGUGAAGAUCGUGAUCACGCUGCUGCUUCUCGCUGGGCCCAGAAAUUUUGAUCGAUCAAACAACACCGAAAGAAGAGAAAGAGAAAAAGACUCGGUAGUAAUGAAAGAGACGAGAGAUUUAUCUUGUUCUUCGUGUACAAGAAUGGUAGGUGCUUUAACCCGCGGUAAAAUAACAUUUCUGGUUAUCCCGUUUAAAA